GGGGGCGCCUCCCUCUUUUGUUUGGUUAUACGAGAUAACGUGGAGUGAAGUAGUGCGUGCUCUUCCGCUCUGCUAGAAUAAACAGCAAUAUACGAUCGAAGUCUCCCUUUUUGAUAUGAGUUAUUUAGUAAUAACUCAUAUUAAGACUUUCCACCCGUGUGUUAAAUAUAUAUAGUGCUGUGGAGACCUGGCGUGGUAUGGUGAAAAGCUUAUACUAAAAGUACCGUGAGGAGACUCUCGCAUGUUGCCUCCUUCAUGCUAACCCUGACCUACACCAUCGCACGUUACACAGUUGUGGAUAGACCAAUUGCCUCUAUCAAAUAAUGCUCCCACUGCAGAUUCACGUUAUUUUACACCACUACUCACCCCAUGUACAUUGUUUAUGCUGUUUAUAACGUAUAUAUUGAAGAUUUCAGGGGUACAAUAUGUGCAAUGUAUGUAAUGUAAAAAAAAACAAGAAAAGAAAAAACAUAAAUACUCAAUUAAACUAAAUAAAUAACUUCAACUAGAAAAGUGUAGGAAGAAUUGUUAAAACUUGUAUAUAUUUGUGAAUGGGAUUAUGCAGGUGUGGGUUUAUAUAUGCAAUAGCUAAUAAUUAUUCCAAAUAUCCAUUAAUACAAACAUUUUGUUUUGAGAUAGGUUAUUUCAAUGCAUAAAUAUUCAGUGCUUAGAAUUCAAUGGGUCUUUAUUUUCAAAAUCCGAUGGCACAGAUUUACUUCCAUAGCUUUUAUUGAUUAAUAUUUAGGUCUAUGACUGCAGCAGAUUUCAGCUGUAGAUGCAUCAAUUGAAUUAUAGACUGUUCUUAAAGUCAUGAGUUUUUUAUCUAUUGCUGGUUUACAUUACAUAUUUAUUUUCUCCUUCUCUUAGGAAAUGCUGCUUAGUCACCUGUUAGAAAGACUCCGUUCUCGAUUGGAACAUAUUCUGGGUCGCAUGCCUCUGGAUCUGGACUACUUGGAGUUCACUUGCACACAAGAACUUGUGUUUUUAAAUGCUGCAUCCUCUGAAAUUGCUGUUUGUCCAUCAAUUUUAGAUGCACUUACACAGCUAUACAGUGAAAUCAAUUUAGAAAAAGAAAAAAGGAAGCAACAUGUUUCAGUUUUGCAGUUUGAGGAAGGGCCAGCUGGGCGCCAGCGAAUGGUCAUAUCCCCAGACUACCUUCGCCAACUUCUCGAACUUAAUCUGUCGGUCCCAUGUAUUGCCAAACUCUUGGGGAUGUCAAGAAGGACAGUUUACCGGCGCAUGGCUGAGUAUGAUCUCUCAGUAAAGGCACUAUACAGCACCAUGUCAGAUGCAGAGCUGGACCAGUGUGUGAGCGAGAUUAAAUCCCGACAGCCUCACUCUGGAUACCGAAUGGUGAAGGGACUUCUGCAAGCCAGAGGACUGAGGGUGCAGUAUAACCGUGUCCGAGCGUCCAUGCACCGUGUUGACACCACUGGUGUCAUCUCCCGAAUGGUCCAUUUAGGAUGUAUUGCUCGACGGACCUAUUCAGUUCCAGGUCCCCAGUCGUUGAUUCAUAUCGACACAAACCAUAAAUUGAUUCGCUACAACAUUGUUAUCUUUGGCGGCAUUGAUGGAUUUUCCCGUAAGAUAAUGUAUCUUGGUGCAGCCUCCAACAACCUAGCAUCAACUACCCUGGCUUUCUUCCAACAAUCUGUUGAGAAGUUUGGGUUUCCUCUCAGGGUACGUGGUGAUCAUGGGGUGGAAAACGUGGAUGUUGCACGACUCAUGUUUACAGUCCGUGGCACUGGGAGGAGCAGCUUUAUAUCUGGGAAGAGUGUUCACAACCAAAGGAUUGAGCGGCUGUGGAGAGACCUGUGGGUAGCUGUAACCAACAUUUACUACGAUGCUCUCCACUACCUUGAAGAGGAGGGCUUCCUCAGCAUUGACAAUGCUACACACCUCUUCUGCUGCCACUUUGUGUUCCUUCCACGCCUGCAGGAUGACCUUGACACUUUUCGCAGUGGUUGGGACAAUCAUCCUAUUAGAACAGAGAGCCAAAUGACCCCUAACCAGCUGUGGGUGCUGGGUCAUGCACAUCACCCGAUUCCUGGCCCAGAUAACACAGAGGGUAUGGACAUUCCAGAAAUUGAGUGGGAAAACAGUGGACUUCCCCGUGCUGACCACUCAGGCAUCAUUGUCCCAGAAACAGAUUGCCCACUGACUGAUGACCAAAUGACAUCUUUGAGACAUGCAGUUAACCCAAGAGCUGCAUCCCAGUCCUUUGGCUGUGAUAUUUACAUUGCCACUGUUCAGUUUUGUGAACAAUUUCUUUCCCUGUGAAAGAACUGAAUUGAGAUUUGCAUAGAGACAUAAACCCACUCACCCUGGCUUAAAUAGGCCAUGUCUGUCAUGUAACUGUCAUUUUUUUGUAUCGGAGCAAAUCGUUUAUCGCUGGACUGCCCACAUUAAUGAGGCCCGUUGGUUUUGUUAGCGGGCUCCAAAAGAUGAAGGUCGUCAUUACAUCUGGACUGGAAUGAUCUUGAUGUGGAGCGGGAAAAAACCAACAUUUCAAACCAUCUCCCAUGGCCUUCUUGACUUACCUAAUUUCAACAGUUGUGAUAACUUGCCAUGCAAAUCAAAUAACAUUUAUAAAAGGUGAAAAAGAAAUGUAAAUAUUUUGAGUUUUACACUUUUGUUAACACUUAACACAAUUUUAAACUGGCUUGCUUUUUCCCCUCUAAUUUAUAGAUGAGGGCUGUUGAAACAUUUAACAGUUUACGUUCACUCUUUUUUUAAAGCCAAAUUGUGUAAAACCUAAUGGAUGUUGUCAAAGCUUUGAUGUGAACACUGAUUUAGGAGAAACUGUACAUACUUUGUGUUCCCUGAUUUACUACACAGCCUCUGUAAACAGUAGUUAACAGCCACGAACCUGUCUCGGUGUGAGAAGGCAGAAGCGCGAUACGCCCUUUCUAACUCUCCGGUCAAAUUGUCCGAUUGAAAUUUGCUAAUAAUUUGUCGAAAUAAUAGUC